GGUGAGUGGCGGAGAGGGGAGAAGCACCGAACGAGGCUCGGCCUGGGCCCAGCGAAAGGCCCAGGGCGGGGCCGGGCCGAGCCGAGCGAGGCCGCAGCCUGAGCGCCGCAGGGGGGGAAAACUCCUCCCCGGCUGAGGCGGCUCUGCAGGACGGCGGGCGGCCUUUCUGCGCCUUGGGCUCGGUGCCGGUCCUGCCGGCUGAGCCCUGUCCGGCGCUGCCGGGCCUACCUGCCUUCAGGUCUGCCACGGGGUUACUGCUUAAGCUCGGUUUACCUUGAAGCGCCACCACCACUUCCCCGCGGGGGAUUCUGUCGGGCUCGGUCGGUAGGGCUGCGAAUGGCCCGAGGGCUGGCAAGGCAGGAAGGCCCGAGAGAUAACGGGAGGAAAAGCACCCUUGAAAUAAACUACCCGGCGGUAGCAGCCUAAUUGUGUGCACCCGUACUCGCCUUAUUGGUGUCUUGCAUGAGGAGCCAGUCCCUGAAGAGAAGAAACAAAGUACUGACUAAAGCUAAUGGGCAAAAGAAGCUGAGCUGAGGAAAGAUUACCUCUCCUUGUGGAUCAUAAGAGUUUGCAAUGGCAAUGCUCUGGAAAUUCAUGAGGGUAGCGAAGUAUUCUAAAACAGCUUUAUCACCAAAAGUAAAGGUAAGAGGAAUUCCCACCCAUUUGAGGCAUUCUUCAUCCAAGUCUAUACCUUCAGAUUUUGCUGCCAGCACACCCUGCUCAAAUACUGUGGAACUGCUUGGUAAAGCUUAUGCUCAAGAUGACUACAGCAAUGUCACAGAGAAGAUUCUUUCCAAGGUUGGGAAGAACUUGCACAACAAAAAGCAUCACCCUUUGUGGCUAAUCAAGGAGCAGAUAAAGGACCACUUUUACAAACAAUAUGUAGGACGCCGUGGGAAUCCUCUUUUUUCUGUCUAUGACGGUCUUUCUCCUGUGGUUACAGUACAGCAGAAUUUUGAUAGUUUGCUUAUACCACAAAACCAUGCCAGCAGAAGUAAAGAGGAUAACUACUACUUGAAUCGUGGUCACAUGCUAAGAGCACAUACAUCAGCUCAUCAGUGGGACUUGAUACACUCUGGCCUAGAUGCCUUUUUGGCAGUGGGAGAUGUCUACCGCCGUGAUACAAUUGAUAACACCCACUACCCAGUCUUUCAUCAGAUGGAAGGAGUUCGGCUCUUCUCCUAUCAUGAGUUGUUCUCCAACGUUAAGGAUGGUGAGGGCUUGCAGUUGUUUGAGCAAGGUCAUCGCACUGCGCACAAGCAAGAGUGUCACACCAUGGAGGCAGUGAGGCUGGUGGAGUUCAACCUGAAGCAAGUGCUCACAAAGCUCAUGACUCACAUCUUUGGUGAUGGACUGCAAGUCAGAUGGGUAGACUGCUACUUUCCGUUUACUCACCCUUCCUUUGAGAUGGAGAUCAACUUCCAAGGAGAAUGGAUGGAGGUCCUGGGCUGCGGAGUCAUGGAGCAACAGCUAGUUAACUCAGCUGGUGCUCAGGAUAAAAUUGGCUGGGCAUUUGGCUUGGGUUUGGAGAGGCUGGCCAUGAUCCUGUAUGAUAUCCCUGACAUCCGACUGUUCUGGAGUGAAGAUGAACGCUUCUUGAAACAGUUUAUUGUGCCUCACAUUUGGCAAAAAGUAAAAUUCCAGCCACUCAGCAAAUAUCCACCUUUAAUCAAUGACAUGUCGUUUUGGCUACCUUCUGAGACGUACUCCAAGAACGAUUUCUAUGAAUUGGCUCGAACCAUUGGUGGAGACCUGAUAGAAAAGGUUGUCCUAGUGGAUGAAUUUACCCAUCCAAAGACAAAGAAGGUCAGCCAUUGCUACCGGAUCAUUUACCGCCACCCAGAGAAGACUUUAACGCAGGACGAAGUGCAUCGCAUCCAUCAAGCUAUUGAAGAAUCAGCAGUUCGAGAACUUGGGGUUGAGGGCAGGUUCUAGUAUCACUGGUUUGAAGCCGUAAUGACAGUUGCAAUCUCCUUUUUUCUGUUUUUUUUUAAUUUUGUCUUUUUUUUUCCUUUCUGGGGUUGGGGGGUGCAAGUAAAGAGGAGUUUUGUGGCACAAAAUCCUAGCACGUGGAAAACAAUUGAUAGAUGGGCAAUGGUAAAACUACCAGAUAAUAAACAUUACUACUGAGAAAUCAUUGACAAA